CGCAGCCGGGCGGGUUCUUCUGCUACAAGGAGCCGGAGUUAGUGUGAGGUAAUAACGGCCGCCGCCCGUGGGAGGAAAGGAAAUCUCGGCAGCGACACCCCUCAUAUAACCGAGCCGGUUACCGAGCUCGACGGCGGCUUUUAGCUACCAGACUAAUCCGAGUUCCACUUCGAGGAGGCCUCAGCCAUGGCAGCCAUUCGUAAGAAGCUUGUGAUUGUGGGAGAUGGAGCGUGUGGAAAGACCUGCCUCCUUAUCGUUUUCAGUAAAGACCAGUUCCCAGAAGUUUACGUCCCAACAGUAUUUGAGAACUAUGUGGCCGACAUUGAAGUGGAUGGAAAGCAGGUUGAGCUGGCACUCUGGGACACAGCUGGGCAAGAAGAUUACGAUAGACUGAGACCUCUGUCCUACCCGGAUACAGAUGUUAUAUUAAUGUGUUUCUCCAUCGAUAGCCCUGAUAGUUUAGAAAACAUCCCUGAGAAAUGGACCCCUGAAGUAAAACAUUUUUGCCCUAACGUGCCAAUCAUCUUGGUUGGGAAUAAGAAGGAUCUGCGAAAUGAUGAGCACACUCGCAGGGAGCUCACCAAGAUGAAACAGGAGCCAGUAAAGCCAGAAGAAGGCAGGGAUAUGGCCAAUCGGAUUUCUGCUUAUGGCUACAUGGAAUGCUCUGCAAAGACGAAAGAUGGUGUCCGGGAGGUGUUUGAGAUGGCCACGCGGGCAGCUUUGCAAGCCCGACGUGGCAAGAAGAAAACCACAUGCCUUCUCAUCUAACUUAGAAACAUGCUGUAACGCACACAACACAUACCACGUCCCCACACUCCUGACUGAGAUGUGGUGGAGGGGCCAAUGUGCAACGAGGGAAAAGCCCCAUGGCAUCUGUACCGUCAACAAAAAAAAAAAAAAAAACCUUGACGUGAUGUUUAUUAAUCUUUAGCGUGUUCUUACUGGCCUUCAUCUACUUUUUUUUUUUUGUCUGUAAUGAGUUGAAAUUUUAUAUAAAAAGUCCUCUUGCUACCAGUAUUUAAGUCAA